UUAUUUUUUGGUCAAUUAGUUUGUAUGGGAGGGAACAAUUUUGGAUAGGAGAAGAGCAAUUUUCUUUAAUUAAACCCUAAACAGAAUGUAUAGACCACAAAACCCUAUAAACUUUUCAGACAGUGAAACUUCAGAAUCAAAGCCAAACAAACUUGCCGCCAAAUUCAUCACAUCACCGGCGAUGAACGCCGAUCACCGGAAUCUUCCAUGAAACUAAAUCCCUUCAUUUUUCGCUCCCUCUUCGCAAAACCGAUUCAAACUCCAUCGAUAUUGCACAAAUGUUUCUCAUUCUCCACAACUAAUCACCCGACAAAAUCAUCAUCGCACUACUUCGACGAUGUCGUACCGGGAACCAGCUCCGUUUACAACCACGCUCUCAAAUUCCAGCGUCCCGCAACGAUUCGCUGGAAACCACGGCUUGAAAACUCCGCUAGCUUUAUCGGUUCGGUGGCGCGUGAAGUUAAACACGUGAACUCAAAAUUCGGUGAUUUUGGAGUUUACACUACGCUUCGUGUUCAAAAACCUGAUAGAUCACCUUUUUGGGUGCUUCUUAUGAUGUGGAACAAUGUGGCUGAAAUUGCUUAUGAACACUUGAAACCAAAUGAUUUGAUUUGUGUUUCAGGUUAUUUGGAUUCUUUCGAUGGAAACAGUGACUUGGGUUAUAAGCUCAUGGUGAAGGAACUAAAUUUUGUUGCUCGAAGUCUGGGCUAUGAAGAUCACGAGAAAGAACAUAAAUUUGAAGGUGCCAAAGCUGGUAACCAAAAUUAUGGGAAUCCGCUUCACCUUUGGCAAGUGUUUUUUGCCAAUCCAAAUGAAUGGUGGGAUCAAAGAAAGAACAAGUUAAAUCCAAAGCAGCCUGAUUUUAAACACAAGGAUACAGGGGAAGCUCUUUGGCUGAGUAAACAUAAUCCACCAUGGGUUACAAAACAACUCAAACUACUUGACUCAAAAUUUUCAGAAGGUGGAUUUGCAGGUUGUCGUUCUCGUGUCACCUCCUGGGUUUACGAUGAAUAGCUGAAAUUAAUUAAAGAUGAUGACUGCGGUAAUUCACCCUUAAUAACUUUGUUUGUAACUACCAUUUGGAACGAAAUUCAAAACAUAGUGAGAUGGAAAUCAUUAUGUUUCUUCUUACUUCACAAUUAGUUUAUUUAUAUCAAAAAUGAAAGAAAGAAAACCUUGAUAGUUAGAAUAUAUAGCUUUUUUUACUUCAACACCCUGUAUUCUCCAUGUAAAUUGUAAAUGUCAUAAUGAUGUCAAAUUCAGUGUCCAAGUCGUUGUUGCUUUAGUUAUGGUUGGAAAUUUUUAAUGGA